AGCGUUGGUUUUGUUGUUGUCACAGUUAAUCCCGAUAAUUUGUUCGCGUGCUGUCAAUUUGUCUGACACGUUCACCCCUAUUUACUUGUGUUUUGUAUCCUGAUAAUCCUCUGCCGCCGUUAAAUCGUGAUCUCGGUGACGGUCCAGUUAGUUCGUGUCUCAUCUCGUGCCCUGGAACAGGAACUAGAAACACUUUUUUGCUCUCGUCUCUUCAAGGAUGGCGGCAAAUGAUGGAGAGGAGGCGACUGUAUCUCUAGUGGACGUUUUAGAGGAGGACGAAGAGCUGGAGAACGAAGCCUCCGCCGUUCUUGGAGGCAGUGAUUCAGAGAAAUGCUCAUAUCCCGAGGGGUAUGUGAAGCGCCAGGCUCUGUAUGCCUGCAACACCUGCACACCAAAGGGAGGAGAGCCAGCUGGCAUCUGCCUUGCAUGUUCCUACAAGUGCCAUGAAGGCCAUGACCUUUUUGAGCUUUAUACCAAGAGGAAUUUUCGAUGUGAUUGUGGAAACGAUAAGUUUGGUGACGUGGAGUGCAAACUGUUUGCUGAUAAAGAAAAAGUAAAUUCAGGAAACAAAUAUAGCCACAAUUUCUUUGGCUUGUAUUGCACAUGUGACAGACCCUACCCAGAUCCAGAGGAUGAGGUUCCAGAUGAGAUGAUCCAGUGCAUCGUGUGUGAGGACUGGCUGCACGGUCGGCAUUUAGGCUGUGCAGUGCCAGACUGUGUGGAGCUACAAGAGAUGAUCUGCGAAUCAUGCAUGAAUAAAACUCCUUUCCUUUGGAACUAUGCUGCACAUAUUGCAGUGUCACCCAUAGUAAAAGUAAGUCCAUGUAAAGCAGAGGAGGACGUGAAGGUGGAGGUCGAAAAUGAAGAAGAGGAAAAGAUGGUUAAAAAUGAGAACCCCAAGAGCGCUGUUGAUGAGAAGGUGCAGAUGAACGGGACGUCCGGCUGUAAGAGGAAGCUCCAGGAUGAGAGCGAGGGCUCAUCAGGAGAGGGUCUGUGCUCCGGUUGCAGGCUCAGAGAGAUGAAGGCCUCUGGGAUCAUCAGGAAGCAGCAGGGUGCAGUUUUCUGGCCGUCUGCUUGGCGCACUAAACUCUGCUCCUGCCCUAACUGCAAGGUUCUGUAUGCAGACGCAGGCUUGUGUUUUCUGACAGAUGAAGCGGACACUGUCCUGGCGUAUGAGAACAAGGGCAAGUCCACGGAACAGGCUGAACAACAGGUGGAGCGGGGGGGUCGGGACCCUUUGAUGUCUGCACUAAAUAACCUGAAUCGGGUUCAGCAGCUGGAGAUCAUCCACGAAUAUAACGACAUGAAGACAGAACUGAAGGAUUACCUGCAAAGAUUCGCAGCAGAAGGAAAGGUGGUGACACCAGAGGAUAUCCGUCAGUUUUUUGAACAGCAGCAAAGUCGCAAGAGACGAAGAGCCAAUGCAGGCCAACCAUACUACUGCAGUUAAACCGUCCGCAUCAAAACAAACCAGCUUCAUCUCUUUAUUCCAAGGCCAUCUCUGGUUUUAUAAAAUAAAUAUGCAGUUGAACGUUAGGCCUUCGUUAUCCUAUGAUUUUGAUCUCGUAUAGUGAUGUUUGACAGAUUUCGUGUUCCCAAAGAUAUCUUUUCUUGUCAUCCUGCCAUUUCAAACAAGGCUUGAGUUUGAGAAUAACGUUAAGCUCGACGCGUCUUGGUAACUAGAUGCAUUGUGGAAAGAUUUAAAAGAAUGGAUUCAUGGCAAAGCACUUCUAUUAUGUCAGAUGAGUAGGAACCCGCAGUCAAUCCUCAGGAGCUUUCUCUUUUAAGCAGUUAAUAAACAGGGCCGUUAUUUAAGAAAGGCUGUUUAGGGAUGUCAAAAUCACACGACUGCUGUCAGUAUUAAUUACUAUUCACAUUCAUAUAUGUCAGGGUAAAUAAUGUCGCAGGCUAUUGGGGAAAACUGUUUAGGAAGCAUAUAAUCCUGUGUAAGCUCUUUUUCAGGUUAUUGAGUUACAGUCGUGGUCUCUAGUAUCCUCGUUUUAUGUGAUCUUGUUUUAACCUGUUUCAUUUGUAGAUUCUGUUACUUUUUAAUGACCUUCAUUUGAGAAAUAAACAUAAUUCGUUUGA